GCCACUGACAUCUGUGAUCCAAACCCAAUUAUGAUGCUUAUUCUGUGUGUCUACCUAUAUGAAACUCUCCCUCACUACUUACCCAAGAAGACUAUAGAAUUUACAGGUGCUCUCCAUACAACUAUUGUUAAACAGGUGCGUCUGAAAAACCCAAGCAAUAAAACUUUGAUCUACAAUGCUAUUCUUGUAGGAAGAGAUGCUGAUGAUUUCUCAUUACCUAAAGGAAACAUUGUCACCAUUGCCCCUAAGAGAGAAAUGAGUAUAAAUGUGGAAUUCACUAGUCGUUUUCUGCGCCCUGCUGAAGCAGUGUUACUAUUGAUCUCAAAGACCGUGGGUGGAAUACAUGGUGCCACACUAACAUUCUCUCUGAAAUCUGAAGUCAAGCAUAUUAGACCUGCCGAUAUAUUAAAAUGCAAAUCUCCAUGCUAUGAGCUGAAGAAAGUUAUCCUAAAUGGUAAUUUUGCUGGAAUCCACAAAUUACUUAAUGCAGCCAGAGCAAAUAUAUCAAGCCAGGCAAGUAAAGCAAGAACAAAUGCUCAGAUUGGAGAAUUUUUAUACCUGAUAGAGGGAACAGGUGAUAUGCCUUUGCCUUCAGGAUUACUUCCAAUGGAUAGUCCAAAUGUUUUGCAUUUUAGCAGUAUGUUAGAAGGUCCAAGUGCAGUAAAACCAGUUUUAUAUUUGAAAUGUGGUCUUGCUCAGAUUCUUGAAGAAAAUCUAAGGAUUCCAUUGAUCAAUGAGUCAAGAGAGAGGGCCCUGGCCAUUGCUGCACAACAGCAGAUGUCAGCUAUUGAAUAUGAGAGAAGAAAGAUCACAGGGACUCUACAGAGCAGCAGUGUUCGAGUUGCAACUGCAUUGUUAGGGCUGUCCAGAAUAGAGAGAUAUGCACUUCUCAAACCUCGUAAAUUCCCCCCAGAGUUGAAGUAUGUAGUUUACAGUGUAGAAGUGAGCAUGAAAGAAUUCUUCAAGGUUCCUAAGAAGUUCUCUAUUCCAGUGUUGGCAUCAAGGAGAAUUAAUUUGAAAGUUCCAUCAGCAAAAGGCCUUUCACCUCAGCAAACAGAUGGAAGUGAUGCAGCUGAGCUUCCUAUAAAAUUCAUUCCUCGGUGUGCUGGUCGCUACCACUGUCAGAUUCUUCUGAAGUCUUCCUGCGAUGUUCGUGUCUAUGAAAUUGAAUGUGUAGUGAAUACAGACCAGGCUGAAGCAGAGCUUGAAUUUCUAACUCCAGCUUACCAGGCAGUGAUUCAGGAUAUUCCAAUAAAUAACAUGUCCAACCAGGACUGGAAACUUCAAGCAAUUUUGGAAGGACGGGGUUUUUAUGGACCUACUCUAAUAAAUGUGGGUCUAGGUGAAACAGCUCUGUAUCCUCUCAUGUUCAAGCCUACUGCUGAGUGCGUAACAAUGGGAAGACUUAUUCUGCGAAAUGAUACAGUUGGCACUGAAAACAUCUUUAAGCUUAAGGGAAUAGGGAAGAAACCUCUGGCACAGGAUCAUAUUGUGAUAAAUUGCCAAGUGAGAAAGGUCACUCAAAAAAUUUUAUGGGUGCCCAAUUAUACCAAGAACAAGUUAACGUACAAGGUAUCUUCAGAUCUUUCAAUGGUGGGUGGAGCACCUGUUAUUACCGUAGAACCAGAUGACAAAGUCCCUUACACUUUGAGUGUAUGUCCUUGGAGACGAGGAAUCUUUCAAGGUGUAAUUUCAUUUGUUGCUGAAGAUGAAGACCAACAGCAGUCUCAACAUAACAGCUCACCAGAGAAGACAGAUGGUGAACAGGCCCUUCAGAAAUUGUCAACAGAGACACCACAAACUGUUAGUGCAGCAAACAUGG